AAUCAGGCAAAAAUCACAAGAGGCUAGCUUAGUUAGCUUUAACGGCACAGUUGUUAGCAUCCGCUUAUUUUUACUCAUACAUAAAUUAAAUAUAAUUAACACUGUGUAGAAUAUCGGUGACUACCACUUGGUAUUAAAUGAGAGUUAUACGUGAGUUUCAAGUAGUAAAUAUGUUUUUUAUAAAUUAGAGGCAGACGAACGGCGAAACGAAGACCUUUCGAUGUUUUGUUUAGCAGAUCAAGGUAUAGUAAAAACCCGGGCGACACGAUGGAGACAGAGGAAAUUCCAUGUGACAAAUGUGGACAGAGUUUCCCAGACAGUUGUACUUUUGUCUCUCACUCCUGUUCAAAACACCAUACCACUCCACCCAGGAAAGGGCAGCAGGCCAGUUACAAGUGUUCCCAGUGCAAUGAGGGAUUUUCUAAAACAGCUUUGUUGAAGCAUCAUUUUAGAACCAACCAUGGGGAUUACAGCCUCCAAGGUUCAUUUACCUGCUCUGAGCAAGGCUGCCAGUUCAGCAGCACAGACCGUCUGGAGUAUCAAGCCCAUUUGGUGACCACACAUGGUCUGAAUCUCAUCCCCUGCUCCUACCGGUCCUGUAGAAAGUGCUUUCUUACACAGGGUGAGAUGGAAAGCCAUCGGAAGAGUCAUUUGCCAUUUGGCUGCUUUCAUUGCGAGUUUGUUUCUGAAAAUGCAAAAGAGUUGAAAGGUCACUUGUUGGAGCACAACCACCUGACAAGCAGCUGUCAAGAAAAGACAUCCGAAGCAGCAUGUACUAAAGGAGGCAAAGUUAAUCAGGUUUCCCAGAGGAAAAAAAGAAACCUGAAAUUCAUCCCAGCUUUUGAUUCAACUUCAUUACAAGAUGAGCCUGAGGAAGAGCAUGAGAGGGAAGGGGAUGGAAACAACAACUCUUCAGCAGUGGAUGCUGCACCACUGCCAUCCAAAGAGUACCUUGCAGAGGGAUCAGAGUAUAUUUAUCGCACCCACACCUGCCCCAAAUGUCGCCGCUGCUUCAAGAUGCGCUCCCACCUGCAGGAACACCUUCGUUUACAUUUCCCUGACCCCAAUCUCCAGUGUCCCACCUGCAAGCGUUUCUUCACCAGCAAGAGCAAACUGCGUAUACAUCGACUUCGCGAGGCUGGUGAGAAGGUCCACCAUUGCCACUUGUGUGAGUACUCUGCUGUGGAGAAAAACGCCGUCUGCCGUCAUCUCGUCAGCGUGCACGCUGCUGACGAGGCAGAGGAUGCCUUAAAAAGCCUCAUCUAUGUUUGUCCAAGCUGCGGUCAGAGAUUUCGCCAGAGCAGGGCGCUGAAGGCUCACAUGAAGACGCACAACAUCCUGUCGGACAGCAAGCCGCUGCCCUGCUUCCAAGAGAGCUGCUCUUUCCAGAGCUGUCUGCGUAAAGAAAUUAUUAAACAUGCUGCUGAAGUGCACGGAACCACAGCCGUGGAGUGUCGACAUCACGCCUGUGGCGCCAUCUUUCAAAGCAAGGCGGACAUGGAGGCUCAUUAUCGGACACAUCUCGCCUACCACUGCUCAGAAUGUGAUUUCUCCUGCUCCAAUAAAACGGUCUUCCUCCAGCACCGGCGACACGGUCACUCCGGGAAGGAAAAGCUUUGCUGUGACUUUUGCACCUUUGUCACGUUUAACCCUGUGGAGUUUGAGCAGCAUCUCGGACAUUUGCACGCCAACGAGAAGAUCCACCGCUGCCUACAGUGCAGCUUUGUCACCUCGCAUAAACGUGGUUUGAAGCGACACCUGCUGAUGCACAGCGGUGAGAAGCCCCACAAGUGUAGCCUGUGUGACUUCAGGUGCAGAGAUGAAUCCUACCUCUCCAGACACAUGCUCACUCACUCAGAAGACAAGAACUUCAUGUGCGCUGAAUGUGGAUAUGUCACUAAAUGGAAGCACUAUCUCAAUGUCCAUAUGAGGAAGCAUGCUGGGGACCUCAGGUAUUCCUGUGAUCAGUGCCCAUAUCGUUGUCACCGCAUGGACCAGCUAAACAGCCACAAAUUACGACAUCAAGCCAAAUCACUUAUGUGUGAAAUCUGCGCUUACGCCUGCAAACGCAAGUAUGAGCUUCGCAAUCACAUGUUGGCCAAACAUUCUGGGGAAGAGAAACAGCCUGCUUCAUAUAAGUGCAAAUACUGCACGUACACUACAAGCUACAGACAAGCACUUCAAAAUCAUGAGAACUGCAAACAUACUAAGCUGAAGGAGUUUCACUGCGCCCUCUGUGCUUAUUCCUCCUUCAGUAGCGUCAGCCUAUUCCUUCACAAGAGGAAAAUCCAUGGGUAUGUUCCUGGGGACAAAGCAUGGCUGGAGAACUAUGCAGCAAAAGAGAAGGAGAGGAACUCCUCUGAGUUCACACAGGAUUUUUACAUUAAGCCAUCAGUUGAUCGCGCUCAGUCUGAACAGUCCACGUCUGCAGAUGCUGAUAAGCAAACAGAGCGAUCAAAUGUUGCUGCCCAAAAAGUUGUUAAUGAAGUAUUUUCAGAUUGUCCAUCUACCAGUAGUCCUGAGCAGUACUGUACUCUUGUGUUAACCACAGUAACGGCUGCUAAUGACCAGACUCUACCUUUACCGAAUGAAGAGAGAAACUCUGCAAGUUUACCCACUUUGGACCAUCAUGGGCCAAACUUGUCACAAGAAAAGUCAGACUCUUCUGCACCUGCGAGCUCAUCAGAGGAAGAUAAUGCAGCAGUGAACGAUAGAGAGUGUGAACAAAGCGAUAUAGAUGACGCCUAUGCACCUCUAAAUGAUACAAGUCAUUUGGAGGGCCAGACUCUGACAUCUGAGGAGGAAAAUAAUGCUGAAUCAAACAGUUCUGCUUUUCUGCCUGAACAAAUCCAGCCGUUACAAUCUGAGAUCCGUCUGAAAGCCAUGAAGAAACACGACAAGGACCAAGCAGAAGCCAUGGUUUUAGAGGGACGGGUGCAGAUGCUUGUGGUGCCAACUGAAGAUGUUUAUUGCUGUGACAAAUGCUCAUAUGUGACCUCUAAGGAGACAGCGUUGAAGCACCAUCGUCGAGCUUUGUGCCACAGCAGGGUAAAGGGAUACGAGUGCCAGGCCUGUGGUGUGCAGUUCAAACAGAAGCGUGGCCUCGAUGGACACCUUAGAAAGAAGUGCCCAGCUCUACCACGCCAAACAGAGGCAUUUGUAGGCAUUUCAAAUACAUGUCUACCUACAGUGGAGAACUCUACUACAAGGCAGAACGAAGCUAAGCAAGUGGAUGAAGGAAUAAGCUCAGACCCGAUGGAACCUUUAUCCUCACAAGAUACAAUUUCUGAAGUAUGCACAUCUCACACCCCUACAUCCACUGCCUUAGAACAUCAGAAAAGUGACACUCACACGAAUCAGUUUUGCAACGUCAAGCGUGUGAAAAAAACAUCAGGUGACAACUCGAUACAACAAAAGACACUUUACACAAAAAAAGACGGGAAAUUCAAAUGCAAGCUGUGCAGUUUUUCAUCAAGCAUGUUACAAACAGUUAAACGACACCUCUCAACCUGCAGAGAAGUCUCUAGUAGAAAAGACAUUCAAAUCAUGUCAGAAAUGGACAAGGAAGGGGGAGACUGCCUUGUAGAUGCUACUGAUGAAGCCCCUGUGGACAUUUCUAAGAAAAUCUUUAGUUGUCUAAAUUGUGCAUUCAAGUGCAAUCAGAAAAGAGCUUUAGAGAGCCAUGAAACGAAGGGCUGCAUGAAGCCUGGUGAAGUUCAGUGCAGCUUCUGUCUGUUUGUUGCCAAAUCGAAACUUUCUUUGACUCGUCACGUCCUUUAUGUUCAUAAGAAAGACAAGUACCGCGUUGGAAAACCCAAACGUUUGCAUUGCCAGCUCUGCGCUUUUAGCUGUAAACAAGAACGAUGCAUGGAUCAACACAUUGCACUGAAACACAAAGGUGCUCGGCCAUACCGCUGUUGCUAUUGUCCCUUCGGUACCACGAGGCGCUAUCGCUUAGAGGAGCACGAGUCUCUGCACACAGGGAUUGGCCGUCACAGCUGCGAUGAGUGCUACAAGACCUUUGGGGCUAUGACCAAACUGCGUCAGCAUAAGAUGCGAAUCCACGACAAGCGGCCCAAACACUUCUGCUCUCUGUGUGACUUCAGCGGCUAUGCGCUUGACGAUGUCAGGCGGCACGAGCGCAGGUGUCACACAGGGAAGUUGCAGCACAUUUGCACACAUUGCAACGCCAAGUUUAGCUCAGAGAUUGCUUUAAGAAACCACUGCAAACGGGUGCACCAGCUUCAGGUCUGUUUUUCAUGCAAGAAGUGUGACUUCACGUGUAGCAGCGAUGUCAUGCUGAAGGCCCACCAGCAGAGCAGGCACCCUCAGGUAAAAUGCACAACCUGCCAGGAAUCUUUUGAGACCAAGGAAUGUCUUGAGAUUCAUCAGAGAGCCCACCUGGCCCAUCAGUGUCCGCUGUGCCACUUUGCUACCAAAACAAGACAGCUGUUAGCUCAACAUCUGCUGAGCGAACAUGAGGAGGGAUCCCCAGAAGGCAAACCACUCAAAUGCAGCACAUGUCCAUUCACUUGUCGACAUCAGCUGGUGUUUGAGCAGCAUCUCCGUUCUCAUGGAAGCAAGCGCUUGUACAAAUGCACCGACUGCGAGUAUUCAACCAGGAACAAGCAGAAGAUCACAUGGCACGUUCGCACUCACACCGGGGAGAAACCUUACAGCUGUGAGCAGUGCAGUUACACCUGCACGGAUCCCUCCAGGCUGAAGCUUCAUAUGAGAGUCCACCAGGAUGAGAAGAAGUACCUUUGUCCAGAAUGUGGCUACAAAUGCAAGUGGGCGACGCAGCUGAAGUACCACAUGACCAAACACACAGGAGAGAAGCCAUACGCCUGUGAUGACUGCGACUACCGCACUAACAGAGCCGACGCCCUACGUGCACACCGGGACACGCAGCACAGCGACGUGCGCCCGUAUGUCUGCGAGAAAUGCGGCAAAGCUUUCAAGACCAGCUUUAUACUGAAGACCCACCAGCGGCAGCACAGCGACGACCGUCCUUACGUGUGCGGAUUAUGCCGCAAGGCUUUCCGGUGGCCGGCAGGGCUCCGACAUCACUUCCUGUCCCACACCAAGCAACAGCCUUUCUGCUGCCGCCACUGCUCCUACAGAGCCAAGCAGAAAUUUCAGGUGGUCAAACAUCUGCAGAGGCACCAUCCAGAGGUGUCAGUGGAACAGGGGGUCCAGAGAGACUCUGAAGCCGGUGGUCUCACUCUAAAAGUGGCCUUGCAGGGGACUCUGGAUGAGGUGGAGGAUGGAUCAGAAAAAGUUGCAGCAUCGACAAAAAAAUCUGACAAGAUGCAGUAGGGAUUCACAAAU